AUGUUUCGCCGUGGGGUACGAACCUUUGCGACUACAGCUCUCAGAGCUGCGGAGACUGCAGCUCAAAUGGAGGCUCCAAACCAAUAUGGGGUUGGAGUCGCCAGAGCGCAAGGGAUCGUCAAGGGUCUUACUGGAGCAAUUGGCAACACCCCAUUGAUCCGACUCAACCAUAUCUCGGAAGCAACUGGUUGCGAGGUCCUUGGAAAGGCGGAAUUCAUGAACCCCGGAGGAUCAAUCAAGGAUCGAGCUGCUCUCUACGUUGUCAAGGAUGCCGAGGAGAGAGGGCUCCUGAAGCCAGGAGGAACUGUCGUUGAAGGAACAGCUGGAAACACUGGAAUUGGUCUUGCGCAUGUCUGCAGAUCGAAGGGCUACAAGCUGGUCAUCUAUAUGCCCAACACACAAUCGCAAGGAAAAAUCGAUCUCCUCCGGUUACUUGGAGCCGAGGUCUACCCAGUCCCAGCCGUACCCUUCGACAACCCCGAAAACUACAACCACCAAGCAAAGCGCCACGCGGAGAGAUUAGAAAAUGCUGUGUGGACAAACCAGUUCGACAACAUCGCGAACAGAAGGGCGCAUAUUGAGACCACCGGCCCCGAGAUUUGGCAUCAGACCCAGGGCAAGGUUGAUGCGUUUACUUGCGCUACAGGAACGGCCGGGACAUUGGCAGGCAUUACAAGAUAUCUGAAGACCGCGUCAGAUGGCCGGGUCAAGUGUUUCCUGGCGGAUCCUCCUGGAAGUGUGUUGCAUUCAUACAUCACCUCCGGCGGGAAGCUGGUCGAACGGACUGGAUCCAGUAUUACCGAGGGAAUUGGGCAGGGCCGGGUUACCGACAACCUGAAGCCCGACAUUGAUUUACUAGAUGGAUCAUUGCACAUCAGCGAUGAGAGAAGUAUCGAGAUGGUUUAUCGAUGUCUGGAUGAGGAAGGCUUGUACUUGGGAGCAAGCUCGUGUCUGAACGUCGCGGCCGCCAAGGAGGUUGCUGAGAAGCUCGGCAAGGGGCACACUGUGGUGACAGUCUUGUGUGAUGGCGCAUACAGAUAUGCAGACAGAUUAUUCUCCCGAAAGUGGCUAACAGAGAAGAAGCUCCUUGGUGCGAUACCCAAGCAUCUGGAGAAGUAUAUAGUGCUUCCUUGA